AUGACUCGUCAAGACGUUAUCUUCCUCUCCGUCCUCAUCGCCACCAUCUCCAUCGUUGCAUCUGCGGAAGACUGCCAAUACAAAAUAAGUAUCCAAACCGGAACGAGAAAAAAUUCCGGCACAGAUUCAAUCAUAGGGGUUAUGUUCGCCGACAAAGACGGAAGGUAUAUCGAAAUUAAUGACCUAGUGAGUUGGGGUGGGACAACGCCAGGUCUAGACUAUUUCGAGAACGGUGAUCUGGAUACUUUCAAUGGGACGGAGCGGUGUCUUCCCAACCCAGUAUGUUUUAUGAAAUUAUUCUCUGACGGCUCUGGCCACAAGCCCGGCUGGUAUGCUGAGUACGUGAAAGUAACGACGAGCAAGAAGACUGGAACUACUAUCGACAAUCAACAAUUCACUGUGGAGCAAUGGCUUGCCCUCAGUGAGCUACCGUAUCAGCUAUCUGCCGAACGUAACAACUCACUCCCCUUCUGUAAUCAAGACGGGCCUAUUCAAUCGCUUGAAUCAAUGAAUCUAUGA